GCCUAUGCUCGAGUGUGAUUGGCUGCGGUGUAUCAACGCGGGCUGCUAUUGGAUAUUCAGGAUGUCACCUUUAUCUCUCGGCUCAGAAUACCGCACUGCCAAGGAGGCAUGAAAACUGAUAACGAAAAGAGGCAUAUAACGCUGGUGAUACGGAAGAAAACGGGGACGCACUCUGUUAUGCUGCACUCUAAUCAGAAUGAGUGCGCAUCAGACCUACGUGAAGCUCAGUGAGGAGAAACUCAUACCAAAGUCUGAUAUCUUGUCACUGCUGAAGACGUACAACUGUUACCAUGAAGGGAAAAACUUCCAGCUGAGGACUCGUGAGGAGGAUGGAGAGUUUGUUCUUGAAGGGCUGCUGAACAUCUACUGGGGUCUAUGUCGACCAAUAAGACUUCAGAUGUAUGAUGACAAUGAAAGAUUUCGUUUCAGCAGAUUUACCGUGGCGAAGCAGGUGUCAGCAGAGUCUAAUAAUAACUCGCUUGACCAAGAAACCGGACCAGCAGGUGGUGACGUGGGUGGUCAGGAUGAGGACGACUCUCCUCAGCUACUCAGGACCAGGAGUGAUGCUUCCUUCAUGCGUGUUCAGAGGAGGUCAAAGACUCACACUGCCAGAGACCUGCAGCGCUUGCGCACACACAGGUUCUCAAUCAACGGCCACUUCUACAACCAUAAGACAUCUGUUUUUACUCCAGCCUAUGGUUCAGUCACUAACGUAAGAGUAAACAGCACCAUGACAACUGGCCAAGUCCUGAACCUGCUGCUACACAAGUUUAGGGUGGAGAAUAAAGCUGAGGAGUUUGUUCUUUACAUGGUGCAUGAGUCUGGUGGUUGCCCAGUACAUAAAGUUUGAGAUUCCCGUUUUAGACAGCUUUGUAGAAAAACUGAAAGAGGAAGAGGAACGUGAAAUAAUCAAACUGACCAAAAAGUACAGUGCCCUGAAAUCUAUGAUACUGCAUCAGCUUGAAGACAGAGAUCACACUGAUGACAGAGCAUGAUUGUUUCUAUAAGCGCGUGCUGAUGUGUAAGGGGAAUGGGCGGGUGCAACACUAAUGAUUGUUGUUUUAGUAUGGGAAUAGUUCCAGAUACUUUAGUGAAUGUAGAGGUAAAGGAGAAAAAGUGAGUCACCACUUUGUAUCAUCUAUUCUGUCAAUAUUUUUACAACUAAGUGCAUCACUGUUUUGAUAUCUUCUAUUAAUAUAUUCACAUUUUGUAUGAAAAUCUUUACUGCACAUAUGGAUAUUUAUACUGAAGUGUUUUGGUAAUGUUUUCUCUGACUUGGACCUUUUUAUCUAAUAAAUCAGCUUUAGUGUUGUCCUUCAAAAAUACUGCUUGAUGUCUUAUAAUAAAGAAACUAAGCUUGGGCUUACACACACAGC